GGAGGGGCAGACACCACGUGUCCAAGGCCGGGCAAACGGUGACCCAGCCCGGAAACCGUGACGGUCCCGUGGCGAAGGUGAGCAGAAGGCACCUGUUGGAGGGGCUGGCUGGACUCGAACCUGGUACCACCGGACCAUGGCCGCAGCCAGGGCUAGCCUGGGCCGGAUCCUCCCGGAGUCCUCCAUCCUGUUCCUAUGCGACCUGCAGGAGAAGUUUCGUCCCAGCAUAGCCUACUUCCCACAGAUCGUGUCGGUGGCCGCUCGAAUGCUGAAGGUGGCCCGGCUGCUGGAUGUCCCUGUCCUGCUGACGGAGCAGUACCCACAAGGCCUGGGCCCCACAGUGCCCGAGCUGGGCGCUCAGGGCAUUAGGCCAGUGAGUAAGACAUGCUUCAGCAUGGUGCCCACCUUACAGAAGGAGCUGGAUGGCCGGCGCCAGCUGCAGUCCGUGCUGCUCUGUGGCAUUGAGACCCAAGUCUGCAUCUUGAACACGGCCCUGGACCUCCUGGACCGGGGACUGCAGGUCCACGUGGUGGUGGACGCCUGCUCUUCUCGCAGCCAGGUGGACCGGCUGGUGGCACUGGCCCGCAUGAGGCAGAGCGGAGCGUUCCUCUCCACCAGCGAAUCGCUCAUUCUGCAGCUUGUGAGGGACGCUGCCCACCCCCAGUUCAAGGAGAUCCAGAAGAUCAUUAAGGAGCCAGUCCCAGACAGCGGGCUGCUGGGCCUCUUCCAAGGCCAGAACCCCCUCUUGCUGGACUCCAGACCCUGACUUGAGAUGGGAGCAUCAUUUUCCCUCCUCUCUGAAUCGCAAGAGUCCACCUGGAGGCCUGCCCUGUGGUGGGGGAGGGGUGCCCUGUGGUGGGGGAGGGGUGCUAUGCCUCCUGCUUAAAGAACUGGUCCUGGAAAUGCUAAUGAACUCUGAGUGCUGGAAGGGGUGUGGGCAUGGGGUGGACUGAGGAGAGGUGGAUGAGGGAGUCUGCUCAGGUUCCCCUCACGAGGUGGAAACCAAAGGGCAAAGAAGUGUCACAGACUGGGACCCAGACUCCAAAUAAACGUUGAUGUGGCUGUGGACCAAA